AUGAGGCUCAACAUUUCGAAGAUCGUGGAGGGAGGUCGCCGUUUGGGGCAGCAUCUGAAGAUAUUCAGACGUCGGAAGUCGCUGCAGCUAGCGAAGACUAGAAUUCCAGGUGCAUCAAGCCAGAAGCAAACCCAGAGACAGGAGUCUCAGUCUAACGAGGAACUCCAGCAAAGCAUUGCGUUCGUCACCUCGGACAAGAGCCCAGCGCACCCGCUUGCAGUGGAAGCUGAACGAUGUGAGGACCAAGAUAUCGUCAAUGCUGCAGAGCAAAGCAAAGAGCCUGUGAUACUCAAUGGCUGGAGCUCGAAAGACUUGGGUACAGGUCCGCCCGAAGCGACGAUGAUCGAUCACGGCUCCGGCAGGCGCGCCGCCAUCGUGCUCAAUGUUGAUCUAGCCGUAGCCAUAAAGACUUCGCUAGCGGCACACCUCGAAGCGAAAGCAGUUGAAGACGAGACUAACGCAGAGAUGGCAUCUUUAGGCCCGAGAUUCUUCACGGUCCAGCAGGAAAUGGAGUCUUUGCAGAUAAGUCUUGCUGACGACGAGAAUGACAAAAGCACGGAUCGGAAGCGUGCGCGACUCAGCCAAUUGACUGCAGAGCAAGAUUCGAUUCUCAAUCGACAAGCUGAACUCCGGACACGUCUGCAAGAGCAGUACGAGGACAUGAGAAACGACCAAAUCCCGCUUUUCGACAUCCUCAAGAUUUGUAUGUCUGGCGAGCCAGACAUUUGCGAGCCAGAAACAGGAGCCACAGAAGAAGAAGAUCCUGUCACUGCAGAGGUCUCUUCAAAGGCGUCUCUAUGCGAGCCAAUACCUGAACAGGUGGAUAGCUCGUCCGACGCAGUGCCCGAUACGGUAGAGGCAUCUGCAGAUCCGGCUGAGGAAAGAACCAAUGGUGUCGAUAUAGAAGAGCUUUUGUACAAUUUCCACGCCUUCAAGGAGCAGCUGGAGGAAGUGGAGCUCCAGUUCGAGAGUCGACAUGAGCAUUUGGACGUUGUUAAGGGGCAAGGCCAGGCCGACACCUUAUCUGAAAGCGACGCUCAUUGUAUUCGGCAGACUCAGCGCCUGACGCGUGCUCUCAUACAAGCAGAGCAAGAGUUCCAAGACGCCAAAGAUGCGCUCUUGGCAGCAGGCUACCAGGCACCGGGUUCUGACCUAGCAUCUGGCUUCAUCGACGACGUAAAUGAUGGCUAUCGUCUAAGCCUCGAGCAAGACAUCAUCGAUCAUGUCGACAAAGGCCGCAUCCUCAAUUGGCUGUCGAGCCUGCCGGAACUUGAAGGAGACCGUUCAGAGAUCGACGACGCAUUGCCGACGCCAGAAGUAGACGAAUGGAAGGGCGAUGAGGCCGAAAUGUGCGAUAGCUGGAGUAUGGUUGCUGAUGGUGCAGACAGGAGGAGGAUUGACAAAUGGAGAACGCUGGCCACCUCUUAA